AUGGACCCUGUUUCAGCAAUCGGUCUUGCUGCUUCGCUUGUGUCCGUUGGGGAUGUUCUUGCAAGGAGCUUGCAGUGUCUAAUCAAUCUCCAAUCCCGAUACCGAAGCGCCAGCCUUAUCGUUAGUCUGCUCAUUGGGCAGCUGACGACACUCAAAGCUGCAGUGAAUCAAAUCACAGAUUGGGUUACUACAAGCUUAUUUAACGACCCCAAGCAUGAGCAGGUUGUUGCGGAUCUAGAAAUAUCCUUGGAAAGCUGCAAAAUCUUGAUUCUCGUGCUGGAGGAGCGGCUUUCGCAGCUUGAGCGUGAUGGUGGUGGGAAUUUGAACGUUAAGGGCAAGAUUGGGUUCUUAUGGGAUGAGUCUGAGUUGAAGGAAUUCUCAAACCACCUGAGUAAUCAGGCUAACGCUCUCAAUCUACUCCUUACAGCCUUGCAUUGUCGAACUACUUUUGAGCGCAAUGCAUUGCUACAGGAUAAUGAAAGCCGCCGGAUCAUCAAGCGGAUAGAAGAAAAUAGAGCUUCCUUACUUUCAUUGAGAGACUCAACGUCGGAAGACACGAGAAGGAGUAAAUCGACGGAUAAUUCUCAUCUUCUAGAUACGGAAUUUGACUUUGAUCAGGAGGUCAUUACAACUAGUGUUUACCGGGCUGCACUGAGAUCCAACUUGCGAAAAGCGGCUCGGAAAGGGAAAUCGCCCGGACUUCCAAGCGAAACUUUGGGAGGCUUCGAUCCAAUCCCUGAGAUUGUAGAAAGUCCAGGGGUAUUUUCGGGUAAUUUACAGGAAUCCCUAUCUGGUCCAUCUGGUAACGAUGCCUCACUUCAAUCACCCCAAGAGCUCUCGGGAUAUAAAAGAUGGUUUCAAACAGACGAGGCUAUCACGCACACCACAGAAGUAGAUCAGGUCAGUACUCGACUAAGCAGAUUGAGUAGAUUAAGCGAUGAUGUCUCUGUACUGUCUUCUGAAACUCAGGAGCGAGAUGAUGAAGGGGGGCCGGGCCAGUCGUUACUCGCAUCUCAGAACACGGUGCAAGAGAAACCACUUGAACCAAAUAACAGGAAAUGGCGUGCAAAGAAAUACCGGAUACGAAACAUUUUCACGCCUCAAAGUAGCGUAGAUAUGCAAAAGUUACCAGCUCCUCUGGUUCUGGAUCCACUAGUAUCGGUAGAUGGAGAACUACCAAAGGUGUUGGUGCUCGGAACUGGUAACAGCGGUAAAUCAACCCUGUGUAAGUCCAUGGACGCACUUUGCAAAGGAGGUUGGACUAUCCAAGACCGUCUACGGUUUCAAGAAGCCGUUUUCACAAAUACGAUCCAAAACAUGAAAAUUAUCCUGAAAGCUAUGACUACGCUCGAUAUUCCUCUGGAUUCUGACAAAAAUCGUUCUCAUGCUCUUACGAUAAUACACCAUCCCUCGUCUAUUGGUAGAGAUUUCCCUCCAGAUGCCUGUAAUGCAAUCGAAGCACUCUGGGAAGAUGGCGGAGUCAAACAGACCUUUGAGAGAUCGAACGAAUACAUACUACAGGACGCCACCGCAUACUUUUUCAAUUCUCUAAGGCGUAUUAGCGAACCAGAAUAUAUCCCGACAGACGAAGAUAUUAUCAUGGCUCGUAUCAGAAGUACGGGUCUCUAUCCUAUGAUACUGAGCUCAGGUGGCAUUAGCUUCAAACUGAUUGAUACUGGCGGAGAACGGAGUGAAAGAAAGAAGUGGAUACAUGCCUUCGAGAAUGUCAGUAUAGUCAUUUUCACGAUCGAUAUAUCGGCAUACGACCUUGUCCUAUACGAAGAUCUCAAUUGCAGCCGUCUGGCAGAGGAUAUAGCGCUUUUUGAAUCUAUUUCUAACAGCCAUUGGUUUUCAAAUACGCAGUUCAUCCUGCUUUUUACGAAAUUGGACAUUCUCGAGGCGAAACUCGGGAAAGUUUCUAUUAAAACAUAUUGUCCCGACUUUCCUGGGAGAGAAGAUAGUUUGGAGGAUGUUAAGUGGUAUAUGGAGGAUAGACUUUUGGCACUUAUCAAAGAUUCUAAGCGAAUUGUUACAACUAUCUUUACCAGUUUUUCAGGAGGGUACGAGGGCCCGGCAAACUUAGUCCUCGAUGCUAUUAUUAAUCAGCUUUAA